AAUCAUUUCAUUAGUUCUAGAAGCAAUAUGGACGAAGCAGAGACAAAAAAGUAUACUUUAGAAGAGGUUAAAAAACACAACCAGGCCGGAUCGUCGUGGUUAGUUAUAGACAACAAAGUAUACGAUGUUACUAAAUUCUUAGAUGAGGUAAGGCAAAAAUUUAUUUUGAUUUGAACAGGCGGAAUUUUAGUGAAGUCAGUUAGCUUUUUGAUAUCAUAUCACGAGUUUCGCAUCGUAGCAUUAAAAUUGCGUAAUACCGGUAUUGUUGGACCCUAACAAAUGGUAACAUGUUCCCUGGACUGCAACAAAAAUAGCAGGCAACAAUUAUUUCGUUCGAUGCUGCUUUUAGGAAUUAAUUCACUUGUACCAGGUUGAAAUUAAAUACAAGCUAAUGCAUCAGUCAAUAGACCUAUUCGGCUGACUCAGUGUUGUACCCAAUUCAAAUCUUCCGUUUUAUUCCCAAAGGGUUUGAAUUGGGUACAACAUUGAGUUAGCCGAAUAGGUGUAUUCCACCUGCACCCAGCCAUCCCCCCACUCCUGCCCGGGCUACUGCGGGGCAUUUGCCCGCCUUGUCAGUCGCUGGAGUGGGGCAUUUGCAAAUUUUGCACUGUGCAGGGGCCGGGCAUUUGCCAACCCUGGGGCCAUUCCCGAGCUUUUAACACCCACGCGAUUUCCUAUCAGAAUAUAACUACACAAACGGGUUUACUGGAAAAAAAAGCAGAUUGGCUCAUCUGUCAAGGACAGGAAUAAAUUGUAGAGGGUUGUAAAGGCAUGUUCUCGAUUUUACAUUUAUGUAUGCAUUUCUUCAUUGCUUAUCAAGCCAGAAUUACAUAGCGAAAUUGGAGCUGUCGAUGUGAAUCAACGUUUUUUGGUUAUUGAAUCAAAUUUCUGUUGAUAUUAUUUGAAGAACAUCUUUUCAUAUGUAUAAGACCAAUCAUAACAUAUAACUUUACAGCGCUCUAUAAAUUUUAAGGUCAAUAAUUUUAUAUCAAUACUAAAACCAUAAACUGGUGCAUGUCGUCACGGCGUGAAGUCUUAAUUAGAAUCCUCAGCGCAAUUACAAAGGAAGACGUUAAUUGAAACAAAAAAUCGUACAUUAAGAUGCGUAAAAUGGCACUAUUUGACUGUGCGAUCAAUGAAAAUGUUGCAUUGUUGCCCACCCUGGGGGAUUUGACAGCUUAAGUGUCCCCACCCCCGGGAAUUUGCCAUCCAAGGCAAAAAAAAUGCUAAUGCCCGGGGGUCAGCCCGGUGGGGGGUGGGGGGGAGGGGGGGUUGGUUACAGGUGGAAUUGACUGAUGCAUAAAUCUUGCAAAUCAAUAUUUGAUAGGCCAUGCUUGAUACAUUAAAAUUCUAACAUGACUCCGAGGCUUUCUGGGCAUUUUUCUGUAUUUGGUUUGGUUUUCUUUGUGUUCAAUUCCCUUCUGGGAAUUGUGAGACAAUGGACUCGUGAAAAAUCUCCAAUUUUGACCCUAAAGCCUUGGAGUCAUGUUAAAUAUAUCGAACUAGGGCUACUACCAUCCGACACUGGUUACUCAAUCUUAGAGGCUAAAGUGCAUUUCAUAUUACAAGUAAACAUAAACUUGGCUAAAGCUCUAAACACUGUCCCAUGAGACUUUUGGGAUACCCUUUUGACUAAUCAUCUAUCGCCAUAACCAGAAGUAAACGUCACCAUUUACCUGCACUCAGGCCCAGUGAUUUUGUUACAAAUGUUUAUGGUGAGCCCUGGGACUUAUCUUGUGAAAACUCAUGAGUCCCUCUCCAUAACCAUUGAGUCCCAGUUUGAUAUACAGCAAGUCCUAAAUUUAAAGUGCUUGGGCUAUGUGUAUCCAAACAGAUAUAGUCCCUCUAUUUAAAGCACAAAAGAGACUAAAAUAAAUAUAUGUCAUUAAACAACAGCCACAAUAACAGCCACAGAAAUCACAUGAACAGGAUAUUCUACAAAAGCAUCUUCAAAUCUGUUCAAUAGAUCGAUCUUUGCUUUCAACGGGAUGCAUGCGAUGGAUUAUUUUGCGUCUUUGAGGAUUUUUAUGUGUCAGGAACUUAACUAACCUGAGCUGUUAUUCUUAAUUCUUAUUGUAUAGCAUCCAGGUGGAGAGGAAGUUUUACUAGAACAAGCUGGUGAGUAAAAGACAUUUUCAGGCUUGAUUCUCACUUGCCUGAGAAGCUUGGGCAGGUCAAACAUAAAUUAUGUAAUAAUCAGCUGGGUCCAGGCACAUGUAAAGGCCUUCAGGUCAGGGGAGUGCUGCAAAGUCUCAGAAUAUUGUUCAAUUUAGUUUUUUCUUUAGCACCUUAUUACGUAAAAUUUUGAUGACACUUCAAUUGAGCAAAUUAAAAUCACUAAAUUAAAAUGCACCAAAAUUAAGUCUCACUAAAUUUAAAUCGUCAAUAAAUUAAAGUGAGUGAAAAAUGAAAUUCUGCGAUCUGGUCAGUUUCACACUCAUACAUGUAUGGUAUUUGAUGGUCUAUUAUGAGGCCCUGCUGGGGGGGUCCCAUGUUGCCCUUCUGAAUUUUAAAACAUCUCGUGUCGGUGUUUAUAAAUGCUUGUCACUUAUUGUUGGCUUUGCCGUCACUGUGGCAAUUUGGCCGAGGGAGGUUGUCUCUUGUCAUGAUUUCAUUUUACGCGCUCUGGCUACUUUUUGGACCAUGUCACUUGUCGGAAUUUACCGUGGCAGAGCCUCUAUUAUGACAUGUAUCAUUGACUUUAUGUGACAAUAUACCGUUAAAUAUGAGUGAGGACAGCAGUUUUAAAGACAUUCACAACUAUAACACUUGGAAAAAAAACAACAUUUUGAAGCACCAGUCACGUCGCUCCUGGGGACAAAACCAUUUCACCUACCAAGCAGUCAAUGACUGGAACAUUUUAUCUAUUAAAUGAAGUUAAAAACAUUUCUGACAUUUUAUCUUUUAAAUAUUAGGAGUAUUUUAUAGUUUUUAUUCUUUAAUUCUUAAAUGAUUAAUUCUUCAAAGUUUUUAAAUUUUUAUCUUCAAAUGUUUAGGCAUUUUUAUGUCUGUAAUUUUAUGUAAUUCAGGGCCCCACUGAAACACAUCGAUCUUAAUAGUAUCAUGUCAAAAUUGACCUAGACUGUUUUGGGAAACAUUUUCCUUGAAGCUAACAUGCAUUCGGUCCCCAAAGUUCAAGUAUCUUAUGUUUGAGAAUUUUUUAAAAAUAAUUAUUAUUAUUAUGGUUGACAAAAGUAUGUCUCAUAAUGGCUGACUAUCAUGUUUUUCACUGCAUAUCUUCUCCAAACAGAAAUAAUAUAAUAUUAUAUAGAAGCCAGUAUAAAAUAUCGAUCCAUUGUCAAACAAGCUUUUGACACCAAGCAAGAAUGACAAAUAGCGUGAAAACUACAAAAUAAUGGCUGAAACCUUUGACAAGUCAAUACAAAAUGGCGCUAUUUCCAUACAUGUCUUUGUGAAAUGACAAUUUUCGCUUCGAGUUACCUUUCAAGCUUUUUAUUUGUACGAAAAAACCAGCUCCUUUUGUUCACAGCAUCACACACUUAAAAAUACAACUGUUUGAAUGUUCAGCCUCGUAGUUUGAUGUAGCCUGCGUGGCGGGUGCAAAAAGGGGAGGGGGGAGGGGGGAGGGAGAAAAGAGCGAAAGAGGGGAAAAGCGAAGGGAGUGCCUGCUAUAAGAGCCGGUGUUUUUGUAUUCCACCCACCAUUUUCUGAACUCAUUCGAUAAAGUCAACUGUCAAUAUGUGACCAAUCACAAGUAGGGCGCUUUCCAGCAUGGUCCGAACUUGAUUACUUUGUUUACCAGAAAUUGUCAAGUCGAGACCCUUUUUUCAAGUGAUAUCAUAAUUGAGCGAAAUAAGACAUCUUUACUGUUCUUGCUCCUGAGGUAAACACGGCAAACAUAUAGACUAAGAGCAGUCUCUCUCUUUUUUACUGCUUGCACUCUAUGACAAACAAUGAUCAGUUUCGUGUGAAUACACAAGACCUUUGGUCUUACCUCAUCAAACAUAAUGGUCACAAAGAACAGAACAGUCACCAGUACCGUGAGACGCAAAUAAUGAUAGGAGAAUUAUAAACAAUUGUCAAAAAAGCUCAACGGAUGGUUUUCUAACAAAGCUUCAGCCUUCUCUUUACAAACCAUUUAGAAGUUCAUUAAGAUAGUUUAUGUUCAAGUUUGCGGAAAAGGCGUUCUCGCGAAUAUCGGCGUUGCGGAUGUCUGGCAAGAAUCGAAUCGCUUUGAAUCACCACUUGGUGUUUGGACAAAUCCAGUAUACAAAACCUCCUGAGCAUCUCUGCCUGCUAAACAAGCUCUUACAGUUGGUUCCAGUUCGGAUUUUAAUGUGAGGUUGCUACAUGAUUGGAGUAAUUAUUUUGAUCUUCCAAAGCUUAUUUCAGUAGAACACAUUUCCUUGAUGCCUUCAUCAUGUUUGUCUCUCACUAAUACACGCCAGGAUACACACCAAUAAGUUACUCAUCAAAGCUUAGCCAAUCAGGAAUUUGCGGACGCCAGCGUCCGCAGCAAUGAACAAAGGGGGUUCGAUUCUUAUAGGAGGCGUCCCUUACUCUCUCUCCCCAAUCCCCCUCCCUUUUUCCGUUCCUCCCUAUCCCUUACCCAUUUCAAUGCCUGCUACGCAGGCUAGUUUGAUGCUAAAAAAACAUGACCAUCCCCAAGAAAAAUCCCCAAAACUAUGACCGAAGCUGAAAGAUCUUCCUCUUCCAAGGCCAUUUUUUGAGUUCAUUUGCUGCUGAGGUUGAUAAAAUAUCAAAAUAUUGACCAAAAUUGAUCAUACAGACAGCAAAUUGUUAUCCAUGUUGUUCUCUUUCUAAAGCGAAUCUCCACAGGUCACCCAAGACUCUUGCAAGUGCACACUGGCCAAUUUUACUGCAGACCCUUUCCGUUCAGACAAAUUCUCCUGAUUGCGAGUUAUAGGGUUAAAUGAAGCUAUUGACGCUUAUGAUUUUAUCACAUAAAUGUUCCAUUGUGGUCGUAAAAGUUUUAAAUACCUUAAAUCAGUUUGUGAAAUCGCUAAAUUAAAGUGCAACUAAAUAAGGAUUUUUCAGAAUCACCGAAUUAACAACAGUGUCACCAAAAUUUUAUGUAAUAAGGACGUACAUGAACAUUCACUGCUGUCAUUUUCUCCCAGUUUAUGCAUCAUUAUUCCGAAAUAUAUCCACUUGACGGCAGACACCUUUUCCCCUCCCCAAUGGCAAAAACAGAUUCUCCUCCCCCAGACAUUGUUGGUCUUUGUUUAUUAAUGUGAAAUGUAAUAACUAUUAUUAUUCAUUCAAAAUAUUUGCCGUUUCUGAUUGGUUUCAAUCCUCUGGGUGAUACUCAUGAGAGGCUUAGGCCGGUUCAGGAAUUCAGAGCAGGCAUUUGCCUAAGGCUUUAAAAUCCCACAACCAUUUGCCUUCUUUGCGGUUAGGCAUAUGGCAAUCUGCGGUAAGAUAGUUGAUUACAUAUCCGGUCACAAGCAAUUUGAAGUUGCAUCUGCUAUUUCCAAUUUUAAAAAAAUUCUCUCUAAAAGUAUUUCUUCGUUUGGAACAGUUAAAACAGAAUCAGAGAACAUUUGCAUCUGUUGACGGUGACUUUAUAAAAAGCAACAGAACAAAGAACACAAGCAAGAUGCUGCAUUACUUACUGGGGUUAAUUUAUGACAGCAAUACCAUACUCUGAAAUAUUAGCGGGAAAAAUGAAGUAAUCUCGCUCUACUGCGCGCUCAAAUGCAAUGGCAGUGAAGACAAAUUUUUUCUUGUUUAAUUAUGCUGGCUAUCUUGUGAUCUUCACUGAAACAGGUAAAUAAUUACUAUCACAGCUGCAAGGUGAGUAAUUACUGCAAAUCUUUUCAUAAAGAAAACGUUUUAGCUAUAAAUGCUAGCGGACUGUUUUGUCGAAGACGUGGCGCUAUAAAAAUGCUAAUCGAGCUUGAUCUUAAUGUUCGCUGAGCUCAGAAGUGGUUAUGGGGACCAGCUCAGUCGCUAAUGAAACUGUUAAAAAUUAUGGCGUUACUAUCAAUAAGGCCGAGGGGCUUCGAACAGGACAAUCAUUUUAGUCGUAAAAAUGUUAAGCUUUUUUGUGUUAUAAACCCAAUACAUGUAAAUAUAAGCCGCCCUAUAAAAAAUCUGAAUCUUUCCUCAGGAAAUGUCUGUAGACUUGAGCAUUAAAUAUAUAGGCAUGCUAAGUGAUAUUUCAAGCGAAGAAUUGAUCCUUAUUUGCCUGGGUCUAACAAAUACACUGGGGCAUUAAUUUACCUGUGUUUAACAAAUACAGCAAAUACACGGGUGUUAAUUUGCCUGUGUCUAACAAAUACUGUAAUUUGCCUAUGUUUAACAAAUACACUGGGGCAUUAAUUUGCCUGUGUCUUUCAAAUACACUGGGGCAUUAAUUUGCCUGUGUCUUAUAAAUACACUGGGACAUUAAUUUACCUGUGUUUAAUAAAUACACUUGGGCAUUAAUUUGCCUGUGUUUAACAAAAUACACUGGGGCAUUAAUUUGCCUGUGUUUAACAAAAUACACUGGGGCAUUAAUUUGCCUGUGUCAUAACAAAUACACUGGGGCAUUAAUUUGCCUGUGUCUAACAAAAUACACUGGGGCAUUAAUUUGCUUGUGUCUUAAAUACACUAGGGCAUUAAUUUGCCUGUGUCUAACAACAGCACUGGGGCAUUUAUUUGCCUGUGUCUAACAAAAUACACUGGGGCAUUAAUUUGCCUGUGUCUUACAAAUACACUGGGGCAUUAAUUUGCCUGUGAUUAACAGAAUACACUGGGGCAUUAAUUUGCCUGUGUUUAGCAAAUUACACUGGGGCGUUAAUUUGCCUGUGUCUUAACAAAUACACUGGGGCAUUAAUUUGCCUGUGUCUAACAAAAUACACUGGGACAUUAAUUUGCUUGUGUCUUACAAAUACACUGGGGCAUUAAUUUGCCUGUGUCUAACAACAACACUGGGACAUUAAUUUGCCUGUGUCUAACAAAAUACACUGGGGCAUUAAUUUGCCUGUGUUUAACAAAUACACUGGGGCAUUAAUUUGCCUGUGAUUAACAGAAUACAGUGGGCCAUUAAUUUGCCUGUGUUUAACAAAAUACACUGGGGCGUUAAUUUGCCUGUGUCUUACAAAAUACACUGGGACAUUAAUUUGCCUGUGUCUAACAACAACACUGGGUCAUUAAUUUGCCUGUGUCUAACAAAAUACACUGGGGUAUUAAUUUGCCUGUGUUUAACAAAUACACUGGGGCAUUAAUUUGCCUGUGAUUAACAGAAUACACUGGGGCAUUAAUUUGCCUGUGUUUAACAAAAUACACUGGGGUAUUAAUUUGCCUGUGUCUUACAAAAUACACUGGGACAUUAAUUUGCCUGUGUCUAACAAAUACACUGGGGCAUUAAUUUGCCUGUGUCCAACAACAACACUAGCGCAUUUAUUUUCCUGUGUCUAACGAACAAACAUUUGAAGUAUUUACUUCUCUCUAACAAAUUUUUUUAAUAUGCAAAACUGCUAGCCUCGAAAAAUAUAACAGCAAAGAAAGAGUAGCCCUGUCCCAUUGUUUUAUUGUAUUUAUUUACGUAUCAGGCGUUCGAGAAAACUUGUAUAUCAUAAUGAGGAAAAUUUGCCUCUAAAACAUGUUGGGAUUAAUCCGGCUUAUAACACCUUCGUAAGGCUUGUCUUCCUUUUAGUGUGGUUCCUCUUUCAGCUCCCACUGUGAUUUAGGUAAAAAUUUUUACCUAAGCAGCGGGGACCCAAAUUCGUGAACCAGCCUAAGCUUGUCAUGAUAACCAACUGUCUUACCUUAAAUGGAUUAAUGUAAGAUUCAGGCAAUAUACCAUCUAUUUGAUGGUAUAUUGCCUAACAACCCAUUGAUCAACCUAGUUUCUAGGUGUGGCAGCUUAGCUGUUUGUUCCCAAGUGAAGUAAACAAAAUGGCAUUAUAUUUUGAAGAUGAAAUAGCUGAAAUUCUGAUUAAGGUUAGUUCACAAAAUUGGAAAUUUAUUUGUUUAUAUUAUUCUUCUGGACAGGUGGAGAUGCUACUGAAAGCUUUGAAGAUGUUGGCCAUUCUUCUGAUGCAAGAGAACUGUUGUUAACAUAUCUUAUAGGAGAGCUUGUUGAUGUAAAUAUUCCAUUUUAUAAGAUGACUGUUUUCAGUUGUAUUAAGUAGGUCUUUUAAUUUAGUAAAAUCCAACUAGUGGUUUAUUAUCAAUGCUGCAUUCUGAUUGGAUGAGCUUCUACUAGGCUAUAUGUUAUAGCCCACUAGUAGUGAAAGGUGCCGACUUUGAAAACCAAAACAAUGGCGGCUGAAUCGCGUUUUACAAGCUAAAGUUGUUUUGCCUCAAUGUUUUUGACCAAAUAGUUGGAUUUUACUGAAACAAUUAUUAUUCCUCUCGCCCUCAUGGCCUCUGAGUCAAUAGCCCAUGAGGCCGAAGGCCUCAUGGGCUAUUGACUCAGAGCCCAUUCAGGUUCGAGGAAUAAUUGUUAAAGAGCACCUGUGGGAACUUCAGCAAGUAUUGGGGAUUUUAAUUCAUUUUCUCCUGGUAUUCAGGGUGUUCAUUAGGCAUCGGAGAUCAGAGAAUUUGCCAUUUACAAUGAAAAAUGCUAUUUUGUGACUAUUUUUUAUUUAGAUCAGGAGCCUCUUUUAGAAUAUUCUCCUGUAAUGUUACACUUUUCUCCUACUACUAGAGUUCUUAAAGAAAAUGCUGGGUAUUGGUCUACAAUCAUAGUCUAUCUAGCAAGUUUGGUCAAGAACUGAAAAGAAAUUUAAAAGACACAUGUACAGGGUUUGAGCCCUGUACAUGUAUCUGUAGGAUUUGAUCACUGGGGGACAAUUUGUCCCCUUGGCUAAAAUUUUGGGGGACAUUUUCAUUUUUAGGGGGACAGAAAUUUGUACACCCUUCCUUCUUAGCAGGGCUUCUGAUAGGUAUCGGACGAAAAAGUCAAAUUUCGCAGGAUUUUUAGGGACAAAUUCCCGGAAAAAUCGGCCGAUUUCGCGGGAGUUUUCGGGGCGAACUUCACCGAAAAGCAAUCGGUAAAAAACGGCCGAUUUUGUGGUUAUUUUCAAGGCAAAUUUCGCUAGAAAUCGAUCGGUUUUGCGCUGAUCAGACCAGCCUUUUUAACGUUUUUCUAACAGAGGUCAUCAUUUGCUCUUUCAACAACAAUACGCUCCAGAAAUGAAGCAAUUGCAAAGCCUUUAACAUGAUGGCUAGUGCCCAGUUUUUCGCAACCUAAUCUGUUUGCACGUUUCAGUGACGAAGUUGCAAGUUUACGGCAAGUAAAUAGCCCCAAAAGCUGAAAUAAGUUUCAAAUAUGUUGUACAGACAUGUAUUUGAUAAGAUUUCUACCAAAUUUCGCGGUAUUUUUCGUGUUUUUGUGAAUUUCGCGGCUCCUCGACCGCGCGAAAAAUCAGAAAACUGAAGCCCUGUCUUAGAUUUCCAACAAAAACAGCAGUAGAGCGUGACUGAAACGUAACUUUGGAAUGAACUUUAAAGGUGCGAUAAAAAUAUACUUUCCACGUUCUGUUUCAGCUUGCAACUUCUGUACCGAAAUAAAUCUCUUUGUAUGUGCUUCCUUUUGAGUUUUUUCCCUAAAUUUUGAAGGGGACAAAUUGUCCCCUUGGCCGUUUUUUAAAGGGACAAUUCCAAUUGCAGUGUGGGAUUGGCGCAAUGGCGCAACCUGGCUCAAACCCUGCAUGUACAUAAAUUUAGCCUUCAUGAGCACUCCGAGAGCCUGCUAGCAGGCUAGAUGACAUCACAAUAAAAGAACAAGGUGAAAAAUGUUCACUUGCCAAAAAUCAGCCUGUUGUUGCAAAUUGGUGACUACAGAGGAGAUAUACAUGUAAGCAACAUUAUGCUCUGAUGACUCCUUAUAAAUCCUUCUAAUAUAGACCCACAUGAUUAACAUUACAAUUAGCCUGUGUGGCAAGUGUUUCCUCGCGAGGUUCGUCUAGAAAGCUGGGAGAAGAGCAAAAAAAAAAAUGAAUGACGGGGGAGGGGGAGGGGAACGAAGGAACCGCUUGCCCGCAAACCCCAUGAUUUUGAAAAACUGCGUUCGCCCACGAACGCAGCUUCUGAUUGGCGCGGUGCGUGUAGUGUUGAUUACUUAGCAUUCGAAACAUCAAUCAAACCAGGUAUGCUUUGUUUUCGUGCGUCACAGAUCUGGUCUCAUCUGAUUUGUGGUCGCAGAUUACAAUUGCUUUGGACUGAUAUUUAUUUGAAUCGUGUUUGUGCGAAGGUUUAUGAGAUCAGAGUCUUCAAAGUAUAAUUGGAGAUCGAGCAGUGGAGACUAGGGAAGGCCAAUUUAUUGAGAAUGACGGCGUGCGGAUCUGACUGGAAAAAAUGGAGUGACUGUUUGUUGGAGGUAACAUCAACAUAAAUCAGACCAUCGGUACUCGACACUAGCUAAAGCCGCCACCAUGGACAAGCGAUUUGUCAGCUUUUUGAAGUGAAAAGAUUCUUUUUGUUUAUUGGAAAUUUAGCAGCAUCUAUUGUAGAGAACGUUUCGACACAGGCUGAAGAGCAGCCGCUCUGCAAAACUUAUUCCCGGCGGAGUGAAUUGUUCCGGACAAAUAGUUUUUGACAUGUCGACAAGGUUUCAGACGAGAUAAAGCCACACAAUAAAAAACAAGAAAUUUUGCAGCAAUCACUCAUAGUUUUAACUUUCUUUUAUCGUAAAUCUUUUUUAUUACAGUUCUUGCAAUCGCCUGCAACGUGUUCUAUUAGAGAACAAAGUAAUUUUACAAAUCUGAUGAUCCAGGGGUAAUCUGUUCGUUAUGUUUCUGUUUUGACGAGCUGUCAAUUUACAAAUGAACCGAACCGUGAAAUAUCAAGGGGCUUUUUCCAGAAUCGUGGGGUUUGCGGGCAAGCGUUUCCUCUUCUCCCGUCCCCCUCCCCCUUCAACCUUUUUUUUGCUUCCGCUCUAACUUUCGCACAGUAACUCGAUUGGAAACGCUUGCUACGCAGGCUACAUUACAAUCUAACCCAAUUUUGGAAGGAUUUGUGUUGAGUCAUCAGAGCAAACCGGUUUUUGUAUUUACCCACAAUUUGCACUAACAGGCUGAAUUUUGGCAAAGGGACUUUUCUCAUCUUGUUCUUUCUGAAUAUGCUAACAAACAGGGCUGUCAAUAAGGGCCGGUAGCCAGUCAAAACUCCUGGCUAUUUAGCCAUCCUUAGCCGGCUACUUUCAGCUCCCUCUACCAUUACUGCUAACAAAAAAUAAUUAAGCACCAUCAAAUAAUAAUCUUCUAACAGGCUUAGACCUGUGAAACGUUCGAACUGUGUGAUGUCUUGGAACGCCGGGGACAUUUUGAUGGCAUUGUUCUCAGUCUUGUAUGUAUUCUGACGAAACAACGUGGGAUCUGUGGUCAGAAACACUUCUUGAAAACCCCUGGAAAUGCCAUUUCCGAGACUCUAAUUUUCAAAAUGUCCCUAGAUACAUGGCCCUCAAGAACUUGUGCCUUUGGUGCGAGUUCCAGAUCCGCCUACUAUUCAUUAUCAGCCAGCUACGUAAAAACUUUUUGACAGCCCUGUAACAAAUCCCAUAAUUUUAUAAAAUUAAUCUGAAUUUUGGUGAUGUCACACUUUCCUUCUCUAUGACACCUUUUAUGGCUGGUUUGGCCCCCACCCUGAAUGUACUUUAUUUUUAUUGCCCAAGUACCAUUGAGUAUUAAAGCACCAUUGACAAAACUAGAAAAAAACUAUGGUCAAUUUGUGUGGUUAUUAUUGUUGUUUUUUAAUUUAAUUUUUACAUUUUAGGAGGACAAGAUUCAAGUAAAGGUGUGCAUUUUUAUGUAAAUUUUAUGAAAACAGUAGAGAGCAUAAGUGGAAAUUUCUGUGUUAAAAUCUCACUCGCCUGAAAUAACUGAAUUCUGCCUCAUGUAAGUAUGUGUAGGUGCUCUUAAAAUUUUGUAAGAAAAAUAAUAUUUAUUUGUCAAUUUCUUUCAAUGCCAUUGAAUUUAAUUUACAAUCUUGUAUUUUUUCACAGUUCAUUGUCUGUAUAUAUAAUCAGCAACCUAUGUUAUUUUUCUUCUCAUUUGACAAUGAUUAGAUGAAGUUAUAUACUGAAGGUUUUUAUUAUUAUUAUUAUUAAUAUUUUUCUUUUAAAACUGUCUCUCAUAGACCAUGUACAGCAAGACAUUAUUAUUUUAUUAGAGCUUUCUUGCAACACAAUAGCAAGAAAAACUAAAAAAAAAACUUUUGAAUCUGUCAACAAAAUCCUAUAAUUAUGGUGUUACCAUUCAAAUGAAACCAGGCCUCAGUUGUUCAAAAGUUGGAUAGCACUAUCCAGCGGAUAAAUCACUAUCCAGCGAAUAAGUACUAGGGAAACCAAUUGCGUUAUCCAGUGGAUAUAUUUUUAUCCGGUGGAUAGUGCUAUCCAACGUUCGAACAACUGGGGCCAGUUUGGCAGAACUUUUCAGUGCCCGAUCCAGACCUUGAGAUAAGGGGGGGGGGGGGCGGUCAUCCAGAUCCUUAGAAAAGGGGGGGGGCAGUCUCCAAAAAAAUUUUUUUUGUCCCUUCGGGCCUCAGUUUCGUCUAAACAUAAGAAGGGAGGCCCAGGCCCCCUCAGGCCCCUCUCCUGGAUCUGCCACUGAUUUUGCAUAGCAUGCAAUUUUUGUGAAUUUUUUCUUUAGCCAGUAAUAGAAGUGAAAGGGUUAAAAUAAAACUUACAGCUUGAGACAAAAUGUGGCUUAUGGCAAUAUUGCAAAAUCGUUCACUUGAAACAGGACUGGUACUGGGCACAGGGGCGGAUCUAGGGGGGGUUCGGGGGUGCAAUCGAACCCCCUAAGUAAAAACAGCUAGCAUCAAAAACUUGUACAAAUGUAAAAUAAAUACAGUCAAUCUUAAAUGCAAUAAAUUCAUAACCUAGUUAAGCCUCAGAAUGGCAGAAAUCAUGUUUCAGAGGACAUAAAAUUUCAAAAAUUUCCGGGGGAGAAUGUCCCCGGACCCCCUACACGGGGACUGCCUUUGGCGGCCUCCUCACAUCAAACCCCCUCUGAUAAAAGCCGGGAUCCACCCCAGUGGCACAUGGCCAGGGAAUUUCCCUGGUUUUGGAUAUCAAAAGGAAAGUAGAACCAAAUGGAUUUACUGGCUGUUCAAUUUGCUGUCUACCAAUAACAAUUUAAAAUCAUAGUGAAAGCCCUGUUGAAAGAUUUGUUCUUACACAUUCUUAUUUUCUAGUUGAAUUGGUGAUAUGAUAUAUAAUGUGCACUUGUUAUAAUAGACUUCCUAAAAGUUGACCUUACGAGUUUCUGAGUGAGUGAAGCGAAAAAGCAGCCAGGCGAGUCACGAAGUUUUGAGAGGUUGACUUGCCUCGCUUGAAGGGUUGCCAGAUGUGUUUUGCUUCAAAAAUGGGGAGUGGAGUGAGUCGCAUUUGGGGUUUUAGGUUACAUUUGCCAGUCAUCGAAUUCAACCUACAAAGAGCAAAUUAAUUUUUAUUUACUUUCUGCUGAAGUUGUCACAAACAAAGAUUUCAGGUAUAAGUGAACGACCUCAGGCGGGUGGAAAAAACCAAAGCUUGUUUUAAUCUCGAGUUGGUAUUCUUGGAAAGAGAUCUCCAGUGAUGGCUUUUUAACAAAUAUUAUUUUGUGCUGUAACCUAAACUGUGCCAACAAGAAUGAAACCCUUGUUAGGAAGAAGUGAGGGAAAGCCUCAAAUCAGUGAGGAAGGCCAUUGCAGAGGAGAAAGGAGUGGUUAACUCAAUGAAAUGGCAAGCACACACUUUAGAUUGUGGUACAUUUUGUACCGGCGAGCCAAAAAAAAUCACAGCAGCAAAAGUGCGAGAUGAUCUCCUUUUGACGGACAGCUUGAUUGCGGCACUGUUAUGCAGCAAUAUGACAACACAAUUGGGUUUCAGGGAUUUCCAUGAGGAAGAGAGUACACUAGUUUCUCUUUCAGAUCUAAAAUAUCCUCUAGCAUUUCUUCUGAGCAAUCAUCUCCUAUGUAUGAUGCUUUGCCAUGGGAAUUGAGGUUUAAGACCUGAUCUUUCAUAAGAUUGCAAUCCUCAGCAAAUAAAUGAUCGAAAGUGUAUGAAGUCAGCUCAAAAGUCAGACUUUUCCUAGCUCUGCUUGGAGCAGACACAAAACCGAAUCUCUCCCUGACAGAUAUUAUGCUUCAAGUGUUUUCCUCUGAAUAUCCCUUGGCUUCAAGAGCAUCUUUUAUCACUUUCGCAAUGAACAAGUUAUGUAUUAAGGUGCUUUAUUACUUGUGGGUGACAACUUUAUCCUCAAGGGUCCUAAAGAGCUGCUUUGAGUGGUCUAAGCACAGCAACCCAUUUUUGGGUGGCUAAAACUGGCGCCAGUCAAGGAUAAAAAGUCUUUUGUCUUGCACCAUUUUAAAUGGGACGAAAGACUUGUUUGAAAGUUUAUUGUUAUAAUAGUGAUAAUUCAUUCUAGAUAUUAUUUUGAAAUUUAACCAGGACAUGAAAAAGAAAAUCAUUUGUUAAUUAUUUUUAUCAUUGUGAAUCCAAUUAGGGCAAGGAAAAGAAAACUAUACCCCUUGAAGAAAACAAAUCUAACUGGUGAGCAGUAUUUUUUAUUGUAAAACUUAAAGUGAAUUCCAACAAAAUGCAAAAGAAACUCUUAACUGCAUAACUUUGCAAAACAAAACCACUUGACCCAUAAGACUAAAACAAAAUUAUUAAUUAUACAAGGCCAAAUUGAACAUUGAGUUAAAGAAAAGGUUUUUGAAAACCCACUAAUUUCUUUUUUUUUUUUUAUUGAUUGGACAUCUAGCAAUGUUCAAUGAUGAUUAGAAUGUGUGUCUGAAGUGAUGACUUCACAUAGCUGGGUACCCUGUUAACAUAACCACCACAGGAUCACCAUAAAUUGUGGUUGUGUUGACAGGGUGUUCAUUAUGAUGGGUAAGGGUAAUAUAAGUUUUAAUGAAUUUAAUUUUAAACUAAAUGAAAAUUAAUCACGUAUUUAGGCUUAGCCAUCAGCUCAACAGCAACGUGUAAACAUUUACACCUGCAAAGUCAGCAUUUAUCAUUAUCACAUCUUACCAAUGUGUACACUGAUACAAGUUAGGGUGCACCUAUUUGAAGGAUUGUUUUUGAUUGGCUGGGAAAACAAUAGGGAUUGUCACACAACAAUGCCCUUAUCCCUGAAAACAAUGGAGGUGCAGAUUAAAGGGGACCAGUGAAAUAAGAGGUUUAGAAUGGUGCAGGUCUACUGACAAGUUAGCACAUGCUCAAAAGGCAUCAAUUGUAUCUUACAAAAAUUAGUUUUUACCUCAUAGUUUGCUAAGGUGUUUGUCUUAAGAUCAUGUAAAAACAGCUUUUGAAAUCUUAUUUUAUUUUAGAAGGAGAAUAUUACCAUACUGCAUACACAUGAAAACACUCUCAUCAUUCCCCUACUUGAGCAAAGUUAAAUGUUUUUCUCUUUUUUUUAUGUUAUUACAGUCAAACCAGGAAAACCGAGAACACCAGAAAAAUUUCUGGAAUGUGAUUAUGUUGCUAGAAAAAAGCCAAUCAGGCAUGUCAAUGAGAAAACUAAACUGCAAGCAAGAUUGUUAAUUAGUUUGUGGUUUUGUGGCUAGUUCGCAUGUCCUGAUCUUUUCUGUGAUUUGUCAUAACAUAAUAAACAUUCCUGAGAUAUUUCAAGCGUUCACGGUUUUCCUGGUCACACUGUAAACAAUGCUAGUUGUCUCAGCAUGAACUAAGCUCUCCACCACUUUCUCAUGUCCAGUCUUUUUACUCUGGUGGUCGUUUGCAGGCUCAUUUGAUAAUCGAGUAUGAAGCAUGAAAUAAUUUAAGCAAAGAGGAGAGCUGUUAAAACUAGGCUUCUCAGUGAUACACUAACUAUAUUUUGUGAGAACUGUUCACUCACACAACUACUUCAACAACAACAAAAAAUAAAACAAAAAAGUGAUGUUAUUCAAUAAUUGGAUCAAUUAUUUAGGUUUCUGGGAAACUGACCACCUACCCCUCCCCUAAGCCAACAUUUUGCCCUAAGUGAGAAGUAAGUGAUAAUGUUGGCAUAGGGGAGGGGUAGGUGGGCAGUUUCCCAGAAAUCUAAAGUGAUCCCAGUAGUCUUCUUGACUUGAACUCUGACCUUCAUCUUGUUUUUUUCAGUAAACUUAUAUAUAUAUUUUUCUUGUCAUUGCUUUACCAGGAUGAAUUCCCUCACUCUACCAGCAGCAGCAGUUGCUGUGUUAAUCUCUGUUGCCGCUUACAAGUAUUUCCACACAUGAACAUCAAACCACAUGUGAAGAAAUUACUGAGAGAGAGCAAACGUGAUCAUACACUGUAGCUUGAUCAACAUUGUUUGAACCUCCUUAAUGAUCUUUACGGCGGCAGUCACCCUGGUGUAGCCUCUGUCAACUGUGCAAGGGCAAAGUUUUAUCAGUGGUGGAAUCAUAAGUUGCAAAAAAAGAAAGGAAAUAGUUCCAACAGUGAGACUCGAUAACCAGCCAGUGUUAAGAAAUCUACUUAUGCUCCUCAAAGUCAAAAUCAGCUCCUUUCAUUUCUUCAUGUUCCAUCACUGCCAUAACUUUGCUUGUGCACAGACAGUCGUAUCAGGUUUACUUUGUUUUCCUAUUUGUUUAUGUGAUCAAGUGUUAAGCCUGAG